AUAAAGGAAACGAUCAUCGAGGAUUGCAAGAAGUCAGAAAUAUGGAAGGUAAAAUAACUGGAUCUGUUUAUUUUGACACCACCCACUUGCAUUAUUGAAUACAUUGACUGCAUUCCAUCACCGUUAUGUAAAGCCAAUGUAGUUGGGUUAAGUGCUAUAUUCCCGACAGCAUAAUGUCCAGUCAUUGUUUUGAUACAAUACAUUCUCAAGCAGCAGUGUAUGCUAUGCUGAUGACGUACAUCUCUCUUGUCUUGUGUGCCACAUACAACACAUUGUCUGAAUCAAAAGGUAUCUUCAUAUCAAGGUCAUAACAUACAUAUUUUAUUCCUCAGAUAUUGAUAUUGGACCACUUCACCACCAAGCUUCUGUCCUCAUGCUGCAAAAUGUCCGACUUGAUGCAGGAGGGAAUCACCAGUAUGUCACACUAAUUGAAAUUAUAAUUGUAUAAUUUCCAUAGAUGUCUACUGCUUGGCCUUGUGUCCGGCCAAUAGGGAUUGUAACUAUGAUUUCAGACCCUAAAUAUUACUUUGGUUGUAAUUGGAGAACCACAUUGCAAGUGGUGGAAGUUUUCACACAUCAAAGUGACGCUUCAUGGAGUGGGGGUAUGAAAAAUUAGAUCCCUGUAAGGCUGUCUGUUUUGUUAUCAGUAGAACUGCUUAUGAACUAAUGUUACAAAUAACCCAAGGCUACUUUGAUUAUGUUUUAAAUGUCCAGUGCAGUCACUAUGCUUUUGGAAUAAUACUGUGAAAUUGUGAAAAUUAUGAUAAUGCCCUUAUAGUGUAAGAACUGUUUGAAAAGACUGCCUGAAAUUUCUGCCUGUUUUGAUGGGAUGGAGUUUUGACCUUCCGUGGUGACAUCACCAAGCUGUAAAUUAGUUAAUAGACCAAUAAGAAAGAGUUCCAAACCUCUCUGCCAAUAACAGCUAAUUUUCAGUUUUCCCAUCCCCACUCAGACCACUCCCAGACAGUCCAAGCAAAAUUACUGUUUGAGAAAUUGCCCUUGGCUAAGAAGCAAUUUGUGUCCUUUUGACCAUUUUAAUUGAAAACAUUCACAGUAAGGUACUUAAUUGUUGCACAGAAAUGAUUUGAUAUUGAGAUUAAAACGGCUGCAUUGGUAUUAUUGAUAUCUGCACCAUGAACUGAAAUGAAACUGUAUUCUCUCUUAGUUGUGGAGGACAUCUACAAAAGCAGAGAGCCUGUACUAGAAAUGAAGGCCAUCUACUUCAUGACCCCUACAGCUAAGGUUCGACAUUAGAUAUCUAUACACCACACUCCACUAAAAUAUUGAAAUGUCUACAGUGCAUUCAGAAAGUAUUCAGACCCCUUCCCCUUUUCCACAUUUUGUUACGUUACAGCCUUAUUCUAAAAUGGAUAAAAUUCAUAUUUUUCCUCAUCAAUCUACAAACAAUACACCAUAAUGACAAAGCGAAAACAGGUUUUUAGAUUUUUUAGCAAAUGUAUAAAAAAAAAAAAAACAUACUUUAUUUACAUAAGUAUUCAGACCCUUUGCUAUGAGACUCAAAAUUGAGCUCAGGUGCAUCCUGUUUCCAUUUAUCAUCCUUGAGAAGUUUCUACAACUGUUUUUUACCUGUGGUAAAUUCAAUUGAUUGGACAUGAUUUGUAAAGGCACACACCUGUCUAUAUAAGGUCCCACAGUAGACAGUGCCUGUCAGAGCAAAAACCAAGCCAUGAGGUCGAAGGAAUUGUCCGUAGAGCUCCGGGACAGGAUUGUGUCGAGGCACAGAUCUGGGGAAGGGUACCAAAACAUUUCUGCAGCAUUGAAGGUCCCCAAGAACACAGUGGCCUCCAUCAUUCUUAAAUGGAAGAAGUUUGGAACCACCAAGAAUCUUCCUAGAGCUGGCCGCCCGGCAAAACUGAGCAAUCGGGGGAGAAGGGCCUUGGUCAGGGAGCUGACCAAGAACCCGAUGGUCACUCUGACAGAGCUCCAGAGUUCCUCUGUGGAUAUGGGAGAACCUUCCAGAAGGACAACCAUCUCUGCAGCACUCCACCAAUCAGGCCUUUAUGGUAGAGUGGCCAGACGGAAGCCACUCCUCAGUAAAAGGCAAAUGACAGCCCGCUUUGCACCUAAAGGACUCUCAGACUGUGAGAAACAAGAUUCUCUGGUCUGAUGAAGCCAAGAUUGAACUCUUUGGCCUGAAUGCUCAGCGCCAUCUCUGGAGGAAACCUGCCACCAUCCCUACGGUGAAGCAUAGUGGUGGCAGCAUCAUUCUGUGCCAAUGUUUUUCAGCAGCAGGGACUGGGAGACUAGACGGGAUCGAGGGAAAGAUGAACGGAGCAAAGUACAGAGAGAUCCUUGAUGAAAACCUGCUCCGGAGCGCUCAGGACCUCAGACUGGGGCGAAGGUUCACCUUCCAACAGGACAACGACCCUAAGCACACAGCCAAGACAACACAGGAGUGGCAUCGGGACAAGUCUCUGAAUGUCCUUGAGUGGCCCAGCCAGAGCCCGGACUUGAACCCGAUCGAACAUCUCUGGAGAGACUUGAAAAUAGCUGUGCAGCGACGCUCCCCAUCCAACCUGACAGCGCUUGAGAGGAUCUGCAGAGAAGAAUGGGAGAAACUCCCCAAAUACAGGUGUGCCAAGCUUGUAGUGUCAUACCCAAGAAGACUCAAGGCUGUAAUCGCUGCCAAAUGUGCUUCAAUAAAGUACUGAGUAAAGGGUCUGAAUACUUAUGUAAAUGUCAUAUUUCUGUUUUUUUAUUUUUAAUACAUUUUCAAAAAUGUCUAAAAACCUGUUUUUGCUUCGUCAUUAUGGGGUAUUGUGUGUAGAUUGAUGAGGGGUGGGGGGAACAAUUUAAUCCAUUUUAGAAUAAGGCUGUAACGUAACAAAAUGUGGAAAAAGUCGAAGGGUCUGAAUACUUUCCGAAUGCACUGAUCAUUAUUACAAACUAAACAAUACAACUGUUAUUCAUGUGUACAAGGUUUGACAGUGUUGUGAAUGUGUAUUUGUAAUGAAAUAUUUCCAUACUGCGCUUAGUGUGUGGAUGCCUUCAUUGGUGACUUCAAGCUGAAACCCAAGUACAAAGCAGCAUACGUUUAUUUCACUGACUGUAAGUAUAUAUACUGUAGGAAGGAGCAUUUAGUCUUGAUGCAAAUCAUUAGAAAAAGGUAGACCAAUUUCAUGAGUUGAUUGUGAAUUCUGGAACUAAUUUUUUGAAAUUAUUUUUUUAGAUUGUUCGGAUGAGUUGUUCAACAAAAUGAAACUAUUCUGUGGAAAGUAUAUACGUGUCUGUAAGGAGUUAAACAUUUCCUUCUUGCCCCAGGAGUCACAGGUAAGUGGUUGUUCGUCUCACGCUUUCUAUAAUUAUCUUGUUUUAUUCCUGACACUGACUCUUACAAAAUCACUUUUACUAUGUUGGUUAGAUUAUUCAUGGUUGUUGGUCUGUGAGUGUCAGCUGGUGCUGGACUUCCGUAGGGCAAGAAAGGGAACAAAACCCUGGAAGGGCGUUGCUUAUAAUAUAAUGUAAUACACUGAGGCAAUCUGUCAACGCUAUGAUUCUCUAACGGAAAAUCUGGAUUGCGUAGCACAUGUAGGUUUCAUUAUAUUCAAAAUACCUGUUUUAUUGUCAAGAAAAAAAGCUUGAUGGGUGUGACUGUGUUGGAUUGUAUGAUGUCUUUUACCCCCCCCCCCCCCCCCCCAAAAAAAAAAAAAAAUAGUUAGAUGUUUAUCAGUUGUUAAGAAUGUAGGACUAUGGGAAGAUUUAGUCAGUUAUUGUGUGUUGUUGGCACCUAGUAUUUGAGAGUGAAACUGAACACAAUGAACUCAGUCAAAAAAUCUUGCCAUUCAAAAAUGGCGUACACACACAAUAACAUUUCAGGACGCUCCUCCUCUCAUCCAUGUGUAACAUCAUAAUAAUCCUUUUAUGAAGAAUAUUUUAUUGUUGGAAUAUCUGAUCAGAAUCGGUAGAUAAAGCUGUAUUACGCAUGAUCGGUUUAUACCAAUCCUUUAUGUUUCAGGUGUUCACUUGUGAUAACCCUGGGGCCUUCCGCAGUAUCUACAGCCCUCACAGUAGUCAGGACAAAGCGAAGACACUGGAGACUCUGGCAGCCCAGAUUGUCACUCUCUGUGCCACGCUGGACGAGAACCCAGGGGUCAGAUACAAGAAGUGAGUCAGAGAGAGGAGAUGAGAGCUUCUGCUUUCUCAGUUUACUCCUGACAUCACUCCUUCUCCUCAGCCCCCAAGCACAUUCUGAGUUUCUGAUUCUUUAUGGGAAUAAUAGUGAAGACAUCAAAACUAUGGAAUCAUGUAGUAACCAAAAAGUUUUUAAACAAAUCAAAAUAUAUUUUAUAUUUGAGAUUCUUCAAAUAUCCACCCUUUGCCUUGAUGACAGCUUUGCACACUCUUGGCAUUCUCUCAACCAGCUUCACCUGGAAUGCUUUUCCAAUAGUCUUGAAGGAGUUCCCACAUAUGCUGAGCACUUGUUGGCUGCUUUUCCUUCACUCUGCGGUCCAAUUCAUCCCAAACCAUCUCAAUUGGGUUGAGGUCGGGGGAUUGUGGAGGCCAGGUCAUCUGAUGCAGCACUCAAUCACUCCCCUUCUUGGUCAAAUAGCCCUUACACAGCCUGGAGGUGUGUUGGGUCAUUGUCCUGUUGAAAAACAAAUGAUAGUCCCACUAAGCCCAAACCAGAUGGAAUGGUGUAUCGCUGCAGAAUGCUGUGGUAGCCAUGCUGGUUAAGUGUGCCUUGAAUUCUUAAUAAAUCACAGACAGUGUCACCAGCAAAGCACCCCCACACCAGAACACCACCUCAUCCAUGCUUUACGGUGGGAACUACACAUGCGGAGAACAUCUGUUCACUCACACCUCAUCUAACAAAGACACAGCGGUUGGAACCAAAAAUCUCAAAUUUGGACUCCAGACCAAAGGACACAUUUCCACCGGUCUAAUGUCCAUUGCUCGUGUUUCUUGGCCCAAGCAGGUCUCUUCUUAUUAUUGGUGUCCUUUAGUAGUGUUUUUUUUGCAGCAAUUCGACCAUGAAGGCCUGAUUCACACAGUCCCCUCUGAACAGUUGAUGUUGAGAUGUGUCUGUGACUUGAACUCUGUGAAGCAUUUAUUUGGCCUGCAAUUUCUGAGGCUGGUAACUCUAAUGAACUUAUCCUCUGUAGCAGAGGUAACUCUGGGUCUUCCAUUCCUGUGGCGGUCCUCAUGAGAGCCAGUUUCAUCAUAGCGCUUGAUGGUUUUGCGACUGCUCUUGAAGAAACUUUCAAAGUUCUUGACAUUUUCCGUAUUGACUGACCUUCAUAUCUUAAAGUGAUGAUGGACUGUUGUUUCUCUUUGCUUAUUUUAGCUGUUCUUGACAUAAUAUGGACUUGGUCUUUUACCAAAUAGGGCUAUCUUCUGUAUACCCCCUCUACCUUGUCACAACAUUUACAUUUAGUCAUUUAGCAGACGCUCUUAUCCAGAGCGACUUACAGGAGCAAUUAGGGUUAAGUGCCUUGCUCAAGGGCACAUCGACAGAUUUUUCACCUAGUUGGCUCGGGGAUUAGAACCAGCAACCUUUCGGUUACUGGCACAACGCUCUUAACCACUAAGCUACCUGCCGCCCCAUUACACAACUGAUUGGCUCAAACGCAUUAAGAAUGAAAUAAAUGCCACAAAUUAACUUUUAAGAAGGCACACCUGUUAAUUGAAAUGCAUUCCAGGUGAAUACCUCAUGAAGCUGGUUGAGAGAAUGCCAAGAGUGUGCAAAGCUGUCAAGGCAAAGGGUGGCUAUUUGAAUAAUCUCAAAUAUAAAAUAUAUUUUGAUUUGUUUAACACUUUUUUUGUUACUACAUGAUUCCAUAUGUGUUAUUUCAUAGUUUUGAUGUCUUCACUAUUAUUCUACAAUGUAAAAAAUAGUAAAAAUAAAGAAAAACCCUUGAAUGAGUAGGUGUGUCCAAACUUUUGAGUGGUACUGUAUAUAAUAUAAAUAUAUAUAUAUUUGACUCUGCUGUUCUGUUAGUAAUAACUUUUUUGUAAGAUGUAUCCGAAACAUAAUUGUAUCAGAAACAAACAAAAAAUGUUUGUCACCUUAACAUCUAUGACGGUCAUACAGUAUAUAACUCAUGCAUAACCAUGUAUUUUGUCAGGGAGACCAUGUUGGAUAACACCACUCUGGAUAAUGCCAAACAGCUAGCAGCACUGGUGGAUUACAAACUGACUAAGCACUACGAUAUGGACGACAACGGCAAGAAAAAGGUGAGGCGGCCAUCUUGCCUGCUGUCAGCAGGGUGUUGACACAAUAAAUAAGGACUUAACCGAGAGCGUUAGAAAAUUUGUUAUGGAAAUAGCUAGAGAUGACGGACACCAGCCAAUAGGCUACAUAAAGACUAUAGUGACAUGGCCCUAGACGUCGUCUUGAAGUAUUUAGUUGAAAGGUUAGCAGGGUAAUUUGUGUUUGUUUGUGAAGUAAGUAAUUGAAAAAACACAAGUUAGCGAGGCUAGCCACAUACUGUAAUAGUACAACACUACAAAGUGUAAUACUACAAUGUAAAUGACACCUUUCUGUGUGUGUUGUGUGUUCCCCUUAGGGAAAGACCCAGGCCCAGCUGCUCAUUGUAGAGAGGGGCUUUGACCCCGUGACCCCCAUCCUACAUGAGCUGACCUAUCAGGCCAUGGCCUACGACCUUGUCCCAAUCAAGAACGACACCUACAAGUAAGACCCCAGCUCAGUCCCAGUACUAUUUUUUAAAAUUCUUUAUUCAGAUCCCCAUUAGCUGGUGCCUUGGCGACUAUUAGUCCUGUGGUCCUGUAUAGCUCAGGUAGAGCAUGGCACUUGCACCGCCAGGGUUGUGGGUUGGAUUCCCGGGGCUACCCAUACAUAAAAUGGAUGCACGCAUGACCGUAAAUCGCUUUGGAUUAAAAUGUCUGCUAAAUGGAAUAUAUUUAUUAUUACUAUUAUUAUUAUAUGAUAUAUUAUUAGUCUUCCUGUGGUCCACUCUCCCUUAGCAACCAUUAGUCUUCCUCUGGUCCACUCUCCCUUAGCGACCAUUAGUCUUCCUGUGGUCCACUCUCCCUUAGCGACCAAUAGUCUUCCUGUGGUCCACUCUCCCUUGAACCCCUGCCUUGUGUUCUGUUUUCUUGUUCUCACUUGUUCUGGAAUGUCUGAAUGGGUCAAAAGCAAUAUGACAAAGGCAAUAUGACAAAGGCUUUCUGUAUUCAUUUAGAGCAGUCCUUCUCAAAUAGUGGGGCGCGCCCCCCUGGGGGGGCUCGGAGCGAUGCCAGGGGGGGGCGCGUGUGACCCCGGGGAACAUGCUUUUUUUGCCGCAGGGAGUAGGGUUUUUUUGCACCGAACAAGAGCGCACAGAACAGGAGAUAUGAAGUGCAGAUAACAAACCCUUAAGAGACACCAUGGGAAAAAAUUUAACAGGGAUGAAAAGAAAGGCGGAGAGAGACGGAGAUAAUGAGACAAACGUAAGUCUCCCGAAAGCUAAGACGAGGAAAUAUGACGAAGCGUAUGUAGCGCUUGGCUUCACUGUGACUACGGUGGGAGACGAGGAAAGACCGGUAUGUAUACUGUGUCUAAAAAUGUUGGCAACGGACAGCAUGAAGCCAAAUAAAUUAAGGCAUCACUUAAAGACAUUAAACCCCAAUCACGCUGAUAAGCCGCGAAAACGUGCCGAAUAUUGCCAACAAUCGUCCCGCUUUGUGAAUGCUACUUCAGUAAACCAGAGCUGAUACUGCCUGCAGCAUUAGACAUGGUCUCUGUCAUGCUGGAUGAUGCAAGUGCUGCAAAAAUAAAGAAUAUCCCUCUGUCCAAUGACACUGUCGCCAGACGUAUAAAUGACAUUGCUAACGAUCUUAAAGAACAGCUGGUAGAUAAACUCAAAGACAAACGUUUUGCCUUACAGUUCGAUGAAGCAACUGACGGCAACAAAGACUGUUUGUUUAUCGCUUAUGUACGUUUUGACAUGACAAACUCCCUGUGUGAGGAUCUACUUUUUUGUAAAUAUGUCAGAGACAGAGCCACAGCUGAAGAGCUAUUCAAAAUGCUGGACUGCUUUCUGACUGAGAAUGGGCUAAAGUGGGAGAACUGCAUUGGUGUUUGCAGUGAUGGUGCACAGACCAUGGCAGGGAUGAGAAAAGGACUUUGGGCACUCAUCAAGAAGGCCUCACCUAAUGCUGAGUGGACACACUGUGUUAUACACAGAGAAGCACUGGCAUCAAGGCACCUUUCCUCUGAAUUAAGUGAGGUUAUGACUGACAUUGUAGGUGUAGUCAAUUUUAUAAAGACCAGACCACUAAAAACAAGAGUCUUCUCUGCUAUCUGUGAGGAGAUGGGAGCAGAACAUGAAGCUGUGCUGUUUCACAGUGAAUCAAGGUGGCUGUCACGAGGAAAAGUAUUGUCCCGAGUUUUUGAGCUCAGAGAGCAGAUAAGAAUGUUUUCGGAGCAUGAGCACAAGUAUGACCUCGCAGAAAAAUUUAGUGAUGAGAACUUCCUGGCAAAACUGGCCUACCUGAGUGACAUAUUUGGAAAGCUAAAUGAACUAAAUCUACAGCUUCAAGGGAAAGAUAAACACCUCCCUCAGGUCACAGACAAGAUCAGCUCUUUCACUCGAAAGCUUGCAAUGUGGGGCAGGCGACUUGAUGAAGGAAAUACUGAUUCAUUCGAGAACCUGCAUGAAUUUGUUGACACUACUGACUAUGAUGCCACCUCAGUGAUUCCAUAUAUUAAGGAGCAUAUUUCAUCUCUGAUGGGAUUCUUUAAAAAGUACUUCCCUGAAAACAGUUCCCAAUAUGACUGAGUGAGAGAUCCUUUCAAUGCACCAGCUCCAACUGGUUUCAGCUCUGCAGAGGAGAACCAGUUCAUUGAUAUGACGUCUGACUCCACAUUGAGACUGAGGUUCACAUCACAGACACUGAGUGUAGAGAGGCAGUAUCCACUCUUAGGGCAGAGGGCCAUGGGCAUUCUUCUUCCUUUUGCAACAUCUUAUCUUUGUGAGACUGGCUUCUCUGCUGUUGCUGCACUGAAGACCAAGUACAGGUCCCAGCUAAACAUUGAGCAGGAGCUGAGAAUUGCAGUAUCAUGCUUCAAACCCCGCUUCGAAAAGCUGUGCACUGCAAAACGUGCUCAUUGUAGCCAUUAAUCCUGACUUCCUCAUUUUGAUAAAAAAAAAUAAGCACAAAUUGUUUUAUUCAUUUUUGUUUUAUAGGUCAAAGUGUUUCAUAUAUUGUGCUCCUGAGUUAAUGUUGCGGAUCAAUUUGAAUUUAUUAUUAUUUAUUGAUUAUAUUUAAUUUAAUUUUUCCUUAUAUAAGGAUUACAUUUUUUGUUUGAAUUUCAGGCAAAUUGAUGCACUUUAAGUAUUUUCUGUUAGACUAAAAAACAAUGUUAAUAAAGUUAUUCUUUGUAAGUUGAUCUAUAUUUCUUUUUUUGUUUUCUUUAAUGUUAAUAAGGAUACAAUGUUAUGCAGAGGUGUACUUAUAACAAUUUUAUAGACAAAUGAUACUAUUUACAGUCACGGCGGGGAGUUGGGGGGUGCAAAAUGUUUACUUCUUCCUGGGGGGGGGGGGUAACAGAAAAUAAUUGAGAAGCACUGAUUUAGAGGAUAGCUGCCCAGUAGCUGGCUCCUAAGACAUUUAUACUGUUGACACCAAGUAAUGUCUCUUUUGGCUAGCUGUGUGCUGUUCUUUUUGCUGCAUACUGUAAACAUAGACAUACAUAUAAUCCACCGCCAUGAUGAUGUAAGAUAAACGUUGUUCGUUCACUUGUUUUUCUGUCCAGAUACAAGUCUAAAGAGGGUUCUGAGAAGGAGGCCCUGCUGAAUGAGGAUGACCAGCUGUGGGCCAGACUCAGACACAUGCACAUUGCUGAGGUGUCAGAGUAAGUAUCUUUUUUUUCUUCUUACAAAAUAAUAGUUAUAAUGAAUAUAAUUUGUUAACUAUGUGCUUUAUAUUCUAGACAAUUACCUAAGCUGGUGAAGGAAAUUUCUGCCAACAAAAAACAGCCGGAUGGAAAGGUAGGUAGCCAUUUUAGCUUCUCCCUCCACCUCUGUUCCACAUGAAACUAGAAAGCUUUCCUGUAUCUGGUUUUGUCCUCUACCUCGAGUUCCCAUUAUUAUUUUCUUCUCAUCAUUAUUUUAAAUGUUUUCUAGAUCACAAUAAGCGGUUUAUCUCAGCUUAUGAAGAAGAUGCCCCACUUCCGCAAGCAGGUUGCUCAGGUACGUAGCACCAGGUGAUCUUGUCUUCUCUGGUUGGCUCAUUCUGAUUGGUCUGCUCUGGUUGGCUCAUUCUGAUUGGUCUGCUCUGGUUGGCUCAUUCUGAUUGGUCUGCUCUGGUUGGCUCAUUCUGAUUGGUCUGCUCUGGUUGGCUCAUUCUGAUUGGUCUGCUCUGGUUGGCUCAUUCUGAUUGGUCUGCUCUGGUUGGCUCAUUCUGAUUGGUCUGCUCUGGUUAGCUCAUUCUGAUUGGUCUGCUCUGGUUAGCUCAUUCUGAUUGGUCUGCUCUGGUUAGCUCAUUCUGAUUGGGCUGCUCUGGGUGGCUCAUUCUGAUUGGUCUGUUAGGGUCGGGUGUGAUGCCUUCGAGGCCCUGUAUCAUGUGGUGCUUUCUUCACCUGGUGUCUAUGGAAACGAUACUGUGAAGGAACUGGUAACUCCCCUAUUAUGUGACUGGGUUUAUAUAGAAAUUAAAGCUGUUCACUUAUACUACCAUGUGGGGAAAAAAUGUAUUGAUAUUAGAAUAAAAACACCAGCCAUGUUUCAAUGUCAACCACAGAAAACGGUCCAUCUGAAUUUGACUGAAGACUGUAUGAACCACUUCCAGAAGAACGUGGAGAAACUAUGCAAAGCUGAGCAGGUAUGUUUUACACUGUCUCAUACGUAUGUCUAAAAUGUCACUGUGGUUCCUGAGUGAUGUUAUGUCUUCGCUGUUGUAUAGGACCUGGCAGUAGGGUCUGAUGUGGAGGGUGUGAAGGUGAAGGACCCCAUGAGGACACUGCUCCCUGUCCUGCUGCACCCCCAUGGCACCUACGACAAGAUCAGAGCUGUUCUCCUCUACAUCUUCAGCCUCAAUGGUGGGUCUGCUGCUCUGACACAACCUGCACCCUCACAAUCUCAAAGUCUUUAUAUUUACAUGUGAUCAUUUAGUCACUUUUAUAUGGCAUCUAUAACAUUGAAAAUGUAAUGAAAGUCUACGGUUUGAAAAUGGAAGGUCAUGAAUUCCUUAUUUGUCCCUUGACUAAGGUACCGUUGGAGCUUCAGCCAUAGGAAUAUUCCUUCAAUAGAAUCUAUUUUAAUUUGGCCUGAGGUAACUUUAGUCAAAUAACCUUUUUAAAACCUUUUUCUUUCUGGUUCUGAACAGGCACAACAGAGGAAAACCUGAACAAACUCAUCCAGCACGUUAAGAUCGAGGAGGACCGAGAGUUCAUUCUCAACUGGAGAGAACUGGGAGUCCCCAUCAUAUCUUCGGUAAAUGAGACGUUAUAGGGCAUACUGUACGUAGUUUACUAGAUCUUAGCAGGCUCAUAGCCCAGGUGGAUUCUACAGUACCAUCAUUGUGUAUUGUAUAGUAGUGUGGUCCUUCACUAGUUUUAUGGGGUUGUGUACUUUCUUUCUUGCAAUUCUCCUUUUGUAUCUUCUUACCUUAAACUGGGCUUUUAUUUAUUGUUGUUCCUCUUUUGUCUCUCUCUCUCUCUCUCUCUCUCUCUCUCUCUCUCUCUCUCUCUCUGUCUCUCUGUCUCUCUGUCUCUCUCUCUGUCUCUCUCUCUCUCCCCUCCACCCAGCCGAGCUUCUUCCCACUGCGUAGGUCGUCUCGAAGGGACCGCACUCAGGAGGAGACAUACAACCUGUCCCGAUGGACACCUGUUAUCAAAGACGUGAUGGAGGUCGGUGUGAUGAUAACGAUGAUAAACCGUUUCCUAUCUCACAGAACAGAACUGUGUCACUUAGCUUUUCUCUGGGAGGGAGGGAGUCACGGGGUGUACACAGUCCUUUUCUGGGUCCCUGUGCUACUUAACUCUGUGUCCAUGGCAUCUGUGUGAAACAGUGGAUCGAGGCUCUAUAAGCGUGACAAAAGAAGUGAUCUGAUUCAGGUCAUCUGAUACAGUAUGAUCAUGUGUUAUUCUAUAUGCUGGACUGUGCUAGCCUAUGCUGUGCCUGUACUAUUGUGUGUUGGUCCCUGGGGCAAAACCAGACACAUUGUGACCCACUUGUUGAUGGCAACUGACCCUCUCUGCUAGCCCCUCAAAUCUUACCUCUUGUAUGGGUUGUUACAUGCUUCCCUAUAUGUGAGAUUAACAAUACUUCCAGAGUUUGGGACUACAAGGUUCUGCAAAAAUGAUGAUUCUGAGAUUAUUGGCUUUAAAGUUCCAAACCCCUCAUUGGUUUGAAUGGUGUCAGCGGUUUUUGUCUUGAAUUCUUUUGAACUUGAAUGUGGUUAUUUAGAGUACAGUAUAGGUAGAGAACAUUGAACAGAACAAGGCUAUAUCAAUAACUCAGUUUUGACAAAAAUGCAGAUAGAACCUUAUAGUCCCAAGCUCUGGAAUGGGCUGAGUUUGAGGCAACGUUCCAAUAUGCAGGUAACUGCCAAAAAAAGGAAGUCCUUGAUGAAAUAAGGGAUACAAAGCAGGUGCUUACACAAAGGUGGAACAUCCCAUCAUGCUUAGGGUCAUGGAUAAAAAUGCCCAGUUACCAUGGCUAGAAGAAGAUAUCUCAGUGACUUUGAAAGAGUAGGGGGGGGGGGGGGGGGGGGGUUCAUUUAGCAAUUUGAUUUAUAAUUUUAGGACCCCUUUAGGUAUCCCCCCCCAACAGUUAAAGAAAGCUUAGGAAAUAUUUGUAUUUUUUUUUACACAUAUUUAACCACUUAUUUUUGUUGCCACAAAACUACAUCCAUACUUCCAUUUGUUUGUAUGGGUUACCUUCAGACGAGUCCCAUCACACUUGUGGGGGUCGUAAAGCAAAAUGGAGAACACCAUCGUGUUCGUGAGAGUCUCCCUUAGUCAUAUUAGUUUGUAUGACAAACCAUUCGGACGCUAGACGUUUCCGUGAGAAGACCGAUUUUCAGGAUGUCUCAUGAUCUGACAAACACCGCUGUAGCUCGGCCACCUUCCACCGCAGAUGCAGAAGGCCGACAUGUAGUGGAUUGAGAUGCAGCCCAUGCAAAAAAAACAAUAUCUCUAGCUUAAACGGAUGGAUUUUGAUGGGGAUUUUUGUAUUAUGUUACUUAGAUUGACACACAGGGAUGGUAGCUCUCCAGGAACAGGGUUGGAGAGUCCUGCCCUAGACACUAUCGUGCGUGAAAAGCCCAGGAGGGCGGACGUUUCUGAGAUACUGGAUCCGGCACACCUGGCCCCGACGAUCAUACCACACUCGAAGUCGCUUAGGUCACUCGUUUGACCCAUUCUAACGUUCAAUUGAACAGUAACUGAAUGCCUCGAUGCCUGUUUGCCUCCUUUAUAUAGCAAGCCAAUGCCACGUGACUGUCUGUAGGAGCGAUCCAGUUUCCUGAAUGGGGUGAGUGUAUAUAGGCCGGUGAGUGUAUGUAGUCCGUGUAGCCAUUUAAUGAACUAUUUAGGAGUCUUAUGGCUAUUUAGCUUCAACCCCCAAGCCAUAAGACUGCUAUCUCGGAGCCUGUUGGUCCGAGAGCCAAUGCGCCGGUACCGUCUGCCAAACAUUAGCAGAGGGAACAGGUAAUGGCUUGGGUGGCUGAAGUCUUUGGCAAUUUUUCGGGCCUUCCUCUGACACAUGUAGAGGUCCUGGAUGGCAGGUAGCUCAGCUCCAGUGAUGUACUGGGCCAUCUGCACCACCCUCUGUAGCGCUUUGUGGUCGAGGGCAGUACAUUUGCCAUACCAAGUGGUGAUGCAGCCAGUCAAGAUGCUUUCUGGUGCAGCUGUAAAACAAGAUCCCAGGGCCCAUGCCAAAUUUUUUCAUCCUCCUGAGGGGGAAGAGAUGCUGUCGUGCCCUCUUCACAACUAUGCGGGUGUGUACAGUAGGGGACUUAGCACGCACCCCUGAGGGGCCCUUGUGUUGCCUACCCUCACCACCUGGGGCUGGCCCGUCAGGAAGUCCUUAUCGAAUUCCGAGGCGCAUAUUGAAGAUGUUAGAAGAACUGUCUACAUUUACUUUUCGUCAGUCAAGAAGAUGAGUAGGUCUAACGAACAGCAAAAGCACUAGCCUAUCUAAAUCUACUAUCCUCCAUAGUACAAACGUUGAUCUAUUCUAUUGGUCAGCUUGUGCUUCUGUGUGAUAAAUACAUAUUCCAGAACAUACUCUGGGACAGUUGUGGGACACAAUAGGUCCCAAAUUAAUACAACCACUGUACAUCAAAAAACCUUUGACAUUUUUUAUUUCUUUAUUUCACCUUUUAUUUAACCAGGUAAGCCAGUUGAGAACAAGUUCUCAUUUACAACUGCGACCUGGCCAAGAUAAAGCAAAGCAGUGCGAUAAAAACAACAACAGUUACAUAUGGGGUAAACAAAACAAAGUCAAAAAUACAACAGAAAAAAUAUAUACAGUGUGUGCAAAUGUAAGUUAUGGAGGUAAGGCAAUGAAUAGGCCACAGUGCAAAAUAGUUACAAUUUCGUAUUAACACUGGAAUGAUAGAUAUGCAAAAGAUGAUGUGCAAAUAGAGAUACUGGGGUGCAAAAUAAAUAACAAUAUGGGGAUGAGGUAGUUGGGUGGGCUAAUUUCAGAAUGGCUGUGUACAGGUGCAGUGAUCGGUAAGCUGCUCUGACAACUGACGCUUAAAGUUAGUGAGGGAGAUAAGUCUCCAGCUUCAGAGAUUUUUGCAGUUCGUUCCAGUCAUUGGCAGCAGAGAACUGGAAGGAAUGGCGGCCAAAGGAGGUGUUGGCUUUGGGGAUGAUCAGUGAGAUAUACCUGCUGGAGCGCAGACUACGGGUGGGUGUUGCUAUGGUGAACAGUGAGCUAAGGUAAGACAGGGAUUUGCCUAGCAGUGAUUUAUAGAUGACCUGGAGCCAGUGGGUUUGGCGACGAAUAUGUAGUGAGGGCCAGCCAACAAGAGCGUACAGGUCACAAUGGUGGGUAGUAUAUGGGGCUUUGGUGACAAAACGGAUGGCACUGUGAUAGACUACAUCCAAUUUGCUGAGUAGAGUGUUGGAGGCUAUUUUGUAAAUGACAUCGCCGAAGUCAAGGAUCGUUAGGAUAGUCAGUUUUACGAGAGCAUGUUUGGCAGCAUGAGUGAAGGAGGCUUUGUUGCGAAAUAGGAAGCCGAUUCUAGAUCUAACUUUUGAUUGGAGAUGCUUAAUGUGAGUCUGGAAAGAGAGUGUACAGUCUAACCAGACACCUAGGUAUUUGUAGUUGUCCACAUACUCUAGGUCAGACCCGCCGAGAGUAGUGAUUCUAGUCGGGUGGGCGGGUGCAAGCAGCGUUCGGUUGAAGAGCAUGCAUUUAGUUUUACUAGUGUUUAAGAGCAGUUGGAGGCUACGGAAGGAGUGUUGUAUGGCGUUGAAGCUCGUUUUGGAGGUUUGUUAACACAGUGUCCAAUGAAGGGCCAGAUGUAUACAAAAUGGUGUCGUCUGCGUAGAGGUGGAUCCGAGCGUCACCAGCAGCAAGAGCGACAUCAUUGAUAUACACAGAGAAUAGAGUUGGCCCGAGAGUUGAACCCUGUGCCACCUCCAUAGAGACGGCCAGAGGUCCAGACAACAGGCCCUCCGAUUUGACACAUUGAACUCUAUCUGAGAAGUAGUUGGUGAACCAGACGAGGCAGUCAUUAGAGAAACCAAGGCUAUUUAGUCUGCCAAUAAGAAUGCGGUGGUUGACAGAGUCGAAAGCCUUGGCCAGGUCGAUGAAGACUGCUGCGCAGUACUGUCUUUUAUCUAUCGUGGUUAUAAUAUAAUUUAGGACCUUGAGCGUGGCUGAGGUGCACCCAUGACCAGCUCGGAAACCGGAUUGCAUAGCGGAGAAGGUACGGUGGGAUUCGAAAUGGACGGUGAUCUGUUUGUUAACUUGGCUUUCAAAUACUUUCGAAAGGCAGGGCAGGAUGGAUAUAGGUCUGUAACAGUUUGGAUCUAGAGUGUCACCACCUUUGAAGAGGGGGAUGACCGCGGCAGCUUUCCAAUCUCUGGGGAUCUCAGACGUUACGAAAGAGAGGUUGAACAGGCUAGUAAUAGGGGUUGCGACAAUUUCGGCGGCUAAUUCUAGAAAGAAAGGGUCCAGAUUGUCUAGCCCAGCUGAUUUGUAGGGGUCCAGAUUUUUCAGCUCUUUCAGAACAUCAGCUGUCUGAAUGCAGCGGAGGGUGCAGAGCUGGUGGCCGGGGUAGUGGUAGCCAGGUGGAAAGCAUGGCCAGCCGUAGAAAAAUGCUUGUUGAAAUUCUUGAUUAUUGUAGAUUUAUCUGUGGUGAGUGUUUCCUAGCCUCAGUGCAGUGGGCAGUUAGGAGGAUGUGCUCUUAUUUUCCAUGGACUUUACAGUGUCCCAAAACUUUUUGGAGUUUGAAUGGGGCAUGCUUAUUUAAGAUUGAGAGGAAAGCACUUUUAAAGAACAACCAGGCAUCCUCUACUGACAGAAUGAGGUCAAUAUCCAUCCAGGAUACCCGGGCCAGGUCAAUUAGAAAGAUGCAAUGAGGCUGAUGCAACGGAUCAGAACGUUUAGCUUAAAAUGUUGAUAGACUAUUAGGCUAUUUCUUCACAUUAUAAGCGCAGCAAUGUACACACAGCAGUAGGCUAUAAGCGCGAAUGUUCCAAAAUGCAAUUAGCAGUAAAACACUGUUCUCAAAAGUGCACCGCAAAUGCGAGCGGUUUCAUAUGACAGAGAUGAAAAUAUCCUUCAGAUAUGUAGAAAGAGGGAAGAUCUAAAGACGCAACAACUAGCAUGGGUUGUUAAUAUGACUAGGAUUGUGUCUUUGGCUGCUGGACAAUGAAAGAAAGUUGAGAACAUGAGAGAAAUAUUGGUUUCAAUGGCAUAUGAGGAAGUGUUUAUCAAAGAAUCCCCUUAACAUUCCUAUUGUCGGAACAUGGUAAGACAUGCCUCAUAAAAAAUAAACGUCCAGGUUUUAAGUAAUUAUGUUUAGUUAAAUAGUUUCAAAAUGUUGACUGCCUCUGCUCAGAUUGCAAGAUGGGUGAUGUUGCGGUGCGCAACAGGCACUGGCCUUUAUCUCCUAUCAGAAAGAACAGUGCCUCAAGUUGGUCACAGAAUCAAGCCUUUAGAUAGAGGGAUGUGUUCAGUCCCAGGGUCCUGCACUUGGAGGGGACUAUGGUGUUGAGCUGAUGUUGCUGUUUCCUUUAUUUUGGCAGUUACCUACAGUGAGGGAAAAAAGUAUUUGAUCCCCUGCUGAUUUUGUACGUUUGCCCACUGACAAAGACAUGAUCAGUCUAUAAUUUUAAUGGUAGGGUUAUUUGAACAGUGAGAGACAGAAUAACAACAAAAAUAUCCAGAAAAACGCAUGUCAGAAAUGUUAUAAAUUGAAAUGCAUUUUUAUGACGGAAAUACGUAUUUGACCCCUCUGCAAAACAUGAUUUAGUACUUGGUGGCAAAACCCUUGUUGGCAAUCACAGAGGUCAGACGUUUCUUGUAGUUGGCCACCAGGUUUGCACACAUCUCAGGAGGGAUUUUGUUCCACUCCUCUUUGCAGGUCUUCUCCAAGUCAUUAAGGUUUCGAGGCUGACGUUUGGCAACUCGAACCUUCAGCUCCCUCCACAGAUUUUCUAUGGGAUUAAGGUCUGGAGACUGGCUAGGCCACUCCAGGACCUUAAUGUGCUUCUUCUUGAGCCACUCCUUUGUUGCCUUGGCCGUGUGUUUUGGGUCAUUGUCAUGCUGGAAUACCCAUCCACGACCCAUUUUCAAUGCCCUGGCUGAGGGAAGGAGGUUCUCACCCAAGAUUUGAUGGUACAUGGCCCCGUCCAUCGUCCCUUUGAUGUGGUGAAGUUGUCCUGUCCCCUUAGCAGAAAAAAACACCCCCAAAGCAUAAUGUUUCCGCCUCCAUGUUUGACGGUGGGGAUGGUGUUCUUGGGUUCAUAGGCAGCAUUCCUCCUUCUCCAAACACGGCGAGUUGAGUUGAUGCCAAAGAGAUCGAUUUUGGUCUCAUCUGACCACAACACUUUCACCCAGUUCUCCUCUGAAUCAUUCAGAUGUUCAUUGGCAAACUUCAGACGGGCCUGUAUAUGUGCUUUCUUGAGCAGGGGGACCUUGCGGGCGCUGCAGGAUUUCAGUCCUUCAUGGCGUAGUGUGUUAACAAUUGUUUUCUUGGUGACUAUGGUCCCAGCUGCCUUGAGAUCAUUGACAAGAUCCUCCCGUGUAGUUCUGGGCUGAUUCCUCACCGUUCUCAUGAUCAUUGCAACUCCACGAGGUGAGAUCUUGCAUGGAGCCCCAGGCCGAGGGAGAUUGACGGUUCUUUUGUGUUUCUUCCAUUUGCGAAUAAUUGGACCAACUGUUGUCACCUUCUCACCAAGCUGCUUGGCAAUGGUCUUGUAGCCCAUUCCAGCCUUGUGUAUGUCUACAAUCUUGUCCCUGACAUCCUUGGAGAGCUCUUUGGUCUUGGCCAUGGUGGAGAGUUUGGAAUCUAAUUGAUUGAUUGCUUCUGUGGACAGGUGUCUUUUAUACAGGUAACAAACUGAGAUCAGGAGCACUCCCUUUAAGAGUGUGCUCCUAAUCUCAGCUCGUUACCUGUAUAAAAGACACCUGGGAGCCAGAAAUCUUUCUGAUUGAGAGGGGGUCAAAUACUUAUUUCCCUCAUUAAAAUGCAAAUCAAUUUAUAACAUUUUUGACAUGCGUUUUUCUGGAUUUGUGUUGUUGUUAUUCUGUCUCUCACUGUUCAAAUAAACCUACCAUUAAAAUUAUAGACUGAUCAUUUCUUUGUCAGUGGGCAAAUGUACAAAAUCAGCAGGGGAUCAAAUACUUUUUUCCCUCACUGUAUAUACAGUGCCUUGCAAAGGUAUUCAUCCCCCUUGGCGUUUUUCCUAUUUUGUUGCAUUACAACCUGUAAUUUAAAUAGAUUUUUAUUUGGAUUUCAUGUAAUGGACAUACACAAAAUAGUCAAAAUUGUUGAUGUGAAAUGAAAAAAAUAACUUGCUUCAAAAAAUUCUAAAAAAUAAAUUACAGAAAAGUUGAGUGCAUAUGUAUUCACCCCCUUUGCUAUGAAGCCCCUAAAGAAGAUCUGGUGCAACCAAUUACCUUCAGAAGUCACAUAAUUAGUUAGAUUGCACACAGGUGGACUUUAUUUACAGUUUAAGUCAGAAGUUUACAUAAACUUAGGUUGGAGUCAUUAAAACUCGUUUUUCAACCACUCCACAAAUUUCUUGUUAACAAACUAUAGUUUUGGCAAGUCGGUUAGGACAUCUACUUUGUGCAUGACACAAUUAAUUUUUCCAACAAUUGUUUACAGACAUUAUUUCACUUAUAAUUCACUGUAUCACAAUUCCAGUGGGUCAGAAGUUUACAUACACUAAGUUGACUGUGCCUUUAAACAGCUUGGAAAAUUCAUGGCUUUAGAAGCUUCUGAUAGGCUAAUUGACAUCAUUUGAGUCAAUUGGAGGUGUACCUGUGGAUGUAUUUCAAGGCCUACCUUCAAACUCAGUGCCUCUUUGCUUGACAUCAUGGGAAAAUCUAAAGAAAUCAGCCAAGACCUCAGAAAAAAUAUUGUAGACCUCCACAAGUCUGGUUCAUCCUUGGGAGCAAUUUCCAAACGCCUGAAGGUACCACGUUCAUCUGUGCAACCAAUAGUACGCAAGUAUAAACACCAUGGGACCACGCAGCCGUCAUACCGCUCAGGAAGGAGACGUGUUCUGUCUCCUAGAGAUGAACGUACUUUGGUGUGAAAAGUGCAAAUCAAUCCCAGAACAACAGCAAAGGACCUUGUGAAGAUGCUGGAGGAAACAGGUACAAAAGUAUCUAUAUCCACAGUAAAACAAGUCCUAUAUCGACAUAACCUAAAAGUCUGUUCAGCAAGGAAGAAGCCACUGCUCCAAAACCGCCAUAGAAAAGCCAGACUACGGUUUUCAUCUGCACAUGGGGACAAAGAUCGUACUUUUUGGAGAAAUGUCCUCUGGUCUGAUUAAACAAAAAUAGAACUGUUUGGCCAUAAUGACCAUCAUUAUGUUUGGAGGAAAAAGGGGGUGGCUUGCAAGCCGAAGAACACCAUGCCAACCGUGAAGGACGGGGGUGGCAGCAUCAUGCUGUGGGGGUGCUUUGCUGCAGGAGGGACUGGUGCACUUCACAAAAUAGAUGGCAUCAUGAGGAAGGAAAAUUAUGUGGAUAUAUUGAAGCAACAUCUCAAGACAUCAGUCAGGAAGUUAAAGCUUGGUCGCAAAUGGGUCUUCCAAAUGGACAAUGACCCUAAGCAUCCUUCCAAAGUUGUGGCAAAAUGGCUUAAGGACAACAAAGUCAAGGUAUUGGAGUGGCCAUCACAAAGCCCUGACCUCAAUCCUAUAGAAAAUGUGUGGGAAGAACUGAAAAAGUGUGUGCGAGCAAGGAGGCCUACAAACCUGACUCAGUUACACCAGCUCUGUCAGGAGGAAUGGGCCAAAAUUCACCCAACUUAUUGUGGGAAGCUUGUGGAAGGCUACCCGAAACAUUUGACCCAAGUUAAACAAUUUAAAGGCAAUGCUACCAAAUACUAAUUGAGUGUAUGUAUACUUCUGACCCACUGGGAAUGUGAUGAAAUAAAUAAAAGCUGAAAUAAAUCAUUCUCUCUACUAUUACUACUAUUUCACAUUCUUAAAAUAAAGUGGUGAUCCUAACUGACCUAAGACAGGGAAUUUUUACUAGGAUUAAAUGUCAGGAAUUGUGAAAAACUGAGUUUAAAUGUAUUUGGCUAAGGUGUACGUAAACUUCUGACUUCAACUGUAAGUGUCACAUGAUCUCAGUAUAUAUACACCUAUUCUGAAAGGCCCCAGAGUCUGCAACACCACUAAGCAAGGGGCACCUCCAAGCAAGCGUCACCAUGAAGACCAAGGAGCUCUCCAAACAGGUCAGGGACAAAGUUGUGGAGAAGUAAAGAUCAGGGUUGGGUUAUAAAAAAAAUCAGAAACUUUGAACAUCCCACUGAGCACCAUUAAAUCCAUUAUACAUUUUUUUAAAGAAUAUGGCACCACAACAAACCUGCCAAGAGAGGGCCACCCACCAAAACUCUCGGACCAGGCAAGGAGGGCAUUAAUCAGAGAGGCAACAAAGAGACUGAAGAUAACCCUGAAGGAGCUGCAAAGCUCCACAGCGGAGAUUGGAGUAUCUGUCCAUAGGACCAAUUUAAGCCGUACAUUCCACAGAGCUGGGCUUUACGGAAGAGUGGCCAGAAAAAAAGCCAUUGCUUAAAGAAAAUAAAUAAGCAAACACGUUUGGUGUUCGCCAAAAGGCAUGUGGGAGACUCCCCAAACAUAUGGAAGAAGGUACUCUGGUCAGAUGAGACUAAAAUUGAGCUUUUUGGCCAUCAAGGAAAACGCUAUGUCUGGCGCAAACCCAACACCUCUCAUCACCCCGAGAACACCAUCCCCACAGUGAAGCAUGGUGGUGGCAGCAUCAUGCUGUGGGGAUGUUUUUCAUCGACAGGGACUGGGAAACUGGUCAGAAUUGAAGGAAUGAUGAAUGGCGCUAAAUACAAGGAAAUUCUUGAGGGAAACCUGUUUCAGUCUUCCAGAGAUUUGAGACUGGGACAGAGGUUCACCUUCCAGCAGGACAAUGACCCUGAGAAUACUGCCAAAGCAACACUCUAGUGGUUUAAGGGGAAACAUUUUAAAUAUCUUGGAAUGGUCUAGUCAAAGCCCAGACCUCAAUCCAAUUGAGAAUCUGUGGUAUGACUUAGAUUGCUGUACACAAGCGGAACCCAUCCAACUUGAAGGAUCUGGAGCAGUUUUGCCUUGAAGAAUGGGAAAAAAUCCCAGUGGCUAGAUGUGCUAAGCUUAUAGAAACAUACCCCAAGAGACUUGCAGCUGUAAUUGCUGCAAAAGGUGGCUCUACAAGUAUUGACUUUGGGGCGGUGAAUAGUUAUGCACGCUCAAGUUUUCUGUUUUUUUUGUCUUCUUGUUUGUUUCACAAGAAAAAAUAUUUUGCAUCUUCAAAGUGGUAGGCAUGUUGUGUAAAUCAAAUGAUACAAACCCCCAAAACCCCCCCAAAAUCAAUUUUAAUUCCAGGUUUAAGGCGGCAAAAUAGGAAAAAUGCCAAGCGGGGUGAAUACUUUCGCAAGCCACUGUAUACUAGCAUACCACUUAGAAUGAAGCAAUGUUUUUGACUGUGGUAUCUAAAGUGCAUUCGGAAAGUAUUCAGACCCCUUCCCCUUUUCCACAUUUUGUUACGUUACAGCCUUAUUCUAAAAUGGAUUACAAAUUAAAAACAGAAAUACCUUAUUUACAUAAGUAUUCAGCCCCUUUGCUAUGAAACUUGAAAAUUGAGCUCAGGUGCAUCUUGUUUCCAUUGAUCAUCCUUGAUGUUUCUACAACUUCAUUGGAGUCCACCUGUGGUAAAUUCAUUUGAUUGGACAUGAUUUGUAAAGGCACACACCUGUCUAUAUAAGGUCCCACAGUUGACAGUGCAUGUCAGAGCAAAAACCAAGCCAUGAGGUCGAAGGAAUUGUCCAUAGAGCUCUGAGACAGGAUUGUGUCGAGGCACAGAUCUGGGGAAGGGUACCAAAAACAUUUUGCAGCAUUGAAGGUCCCCAAGAACACAGUGGCCUCCAUCAUUCUUAAAUGGAAGAAGUUUGGAACCACCAAGACUCUUCCUAGAGCUGGCCGCCUGGCCAAACUGAUCAAUCAAGGGAGGAGGAGGUUACCAAGAACCCAAUGGUGACUUUGACAGAGCUCCAGAGCUCCUCUGUGGAGAUGGGGGGGAACCUUCCAGAAGGACAACCAUCUCUGCAGCACUCCACCAAUCAGGCCUUUUAUGUUAGCGUGGCCAGACGGAAGCCACUCCUCAGAAAAUUGAGUGUCGGGUCAAUUGAGGCUAUAGUUUGGUUUAUUGGGUAUUGAAAAGCUAGGUUGCACACUAUGUUCUGAUUUUCAAUAUUAUUUUAUAUUCCUAAAUUGGCUCUUGGCUGUUUCGAUUGAGGCUGGUAAGUGUAUAACUCCGUCAUUAAACACAAAUAAAAUUCCAGCUAUGGGAAGGAAGUUCAUUGAGGACUUUCCUGUACAUUGCGUUUCUUCUCAGAAAGGGACAGGCAACUGAGAGGGAUAGGGUUAUUCAAAUGGCCCCUAGCUCAAAAGGUUAAAAUUCAACUCAUUUCAGUAAGUCUUGUUUGUGCAGUUUAGGUCCCUCAGGCAUAGAACAUUGGACACUAGAGACUGUUAGCAAUAAACAGUAUAGAAAUUGUGAAUUGAACACAGGCACUGAUUACUCUCUACCCAUAACAAUACAACUGAUUUAGGAUCAGUUAUCCCAAUGGCUGAUACCAGCCUACACCUAACUAUUAUGAACUAAGGCUAUGCAACACAACCAGCCGUGGACCUGCAAUAAGUGACCAAAUGUCCUGGGCCCAUUGUCCAGUGACUGCCUCCCCACCAUCAUGACAACUGAAUGAGUUGUAGUGUAUGAUUGACAUCCUGUAUUGAUUUAAGACUUUGUGUGUGAUGUGUGGUGUUCCAGGAUGCUGUGGAGAACAAGCUGGAGACCAGGGAAUGGCCACACCAGUCAGAGUGCCCAGCAGCCUGGAAUGGCUCUGGGGCUGUCAGGUAAGAUUCAACAUUCUUGAAUUGGCACACAAUUGCAGUUGGUGGUAUUUGCUUUUGGUAAAGGAUGGUAACAAAAAAGUGCACAAGGAUGACAUUCAUAGACUAAUUGCAACCCAAAGGGUGGAUUGGGGUUGAGGAAGGGGUUAUGGCUGUUAAAGAAGGAGCGUUGGCACUCAAACCAAACUCCAUUCAGAGUCUUCUCCCAUCCUUGGGGUGUGUUAUGCCUGGAUGUGACAAUGAGUGGUCCACAUCGUUACUGUGUGUCAGUUACACAAGCUGAUCUCUUUAUAGUCUAGGUCUAGGAUAUGGUUCUGUUAUAAAUUACAACUCUUACAAAUACAGAUCUGAUUAAGUAAUGAAAAAAAUAUGAUAACGUAACUAUUAUUAAUCUCAGACACACACAUACACACACCAUCCGUCCUUCUCUCUUCUCCCAGUGCCCGUCAGAAACACAAGGCCAGUUCUCAGGACGAGCGGAAGAGUGGCUCCAGGCUCAUCAUCUUCAUCAUUGGAGGCAUUAGCUACUCAGAGAUGCGCUGUGCCUACCAGGUCACACAGUCCGUCAAGUCCUGUGAGGUCAUCAUAGGUGGGUAAUAACAGCAGCAACUCUACCUGCUGUGCUGCAGGGCACCGUGGGUGAAUCUCAAUCUCUUGUUAGUUGCAUCCUCUCUCAUCGCCUCCAAUGUGAUCUUUUCCAAUGCAAGGAGAGAGGACACAAAGAAUUGAGAAGACUUUUGAGAUUCAACCAUCCAUUCUCAUUGUCCUUAACUACAGCCCAGUAACUGGACUAGUGCUUGACACCCCCUGCUGUACAUAAAUGGUAGUACAAAACAGGAGGUGAUGAAUGGGGGAACAAAUGACAGUACAGUAUGGGUCAGUCUUGAGCAGGGGCGCAACUUUCACUAGGGACGGGGGCCACAUUCUGAAAUUGCAGUUUUGUCCCCCCCAGUUUUAUCAUUGGAAUGUGAUACAAAACGAGGCAACGGUGUGCUUUAGGACCAUGCGGACGCCUCCAAGCGGUCGGGUAGGCUGUUUGGAGUGUUUAUCCGACUGGACAAAAAGAAAUAUAUAUAUAUAAUUAUGUCCCACCACAUCUAAAACCAAAGUUGCACCCCUGGUCUUGAGUGUCAGGCAAAGCAACACUACAGAAUGUUCUUCAUCUGUGUGUCCUUUUAUUUUGUUGUUAUUUAACAAACAUGUAAUUGUUUUUUUAUUCUCCAGGAUCGUCCCACAUUGUGACCCCCAUGGAGCUCCUAGACGAUAUUCAGGCCCUGAGUAAACCAACCACCACCAAGGAGACCUUUACAAUAGUGAAGGAG